UAUUCUUUCUUACAGAUGGUUUGUUGUCCAAGAAGUUUUGAAAGCAGUUCACGCUCGAAAGACAUUUAAAAGUUGUUUUACAAAAUCAAUCAAAAUGAGCCAAGAGGAUGAUACGUACCAAAACAGUGCAGCACCCGCAGCAGUCAAAGUCAGCCACUCCAGAAAGCACGGUGCAUCAUUCGUCUCCCUCGACAUAGAUCACACAGCCUCAGACGGUCGGACGGAGAGCACCGAUCAGCUAAAUAUUGCAGAUGAAAACGACAGCACUCUCUUAAACGCCCAGUUCAGAGUGCGGCUUGUGGUCGAGCAUAUUGCUGUCCAGAUUAUAUCCAUAUUGUUAAUCUUGAUUGAUGUUGGCUUGACUGCAGCAGCGAUUGCUAGCACUGAUGAGACUUUUGAUAAACGAACUGGGAUCGUCAGCAAUGUCAUUCUGGGCUACUUCAUAUUGGAGAUUUGUCUUAGAUUCUUCGGGAUCGGCCCUAAAACGUUCUCUAAAUCGGUCUGGGAGAUGCUAGACGCCUUGGUUAUUGCCGUAUCUCUGAUAAUCGCUCUUACUAUAAAAGAUCCAGAAGGCAGUGAGUUGGGGAGACUGUCAGUAAUAGGUAGAUCUUUCAGGAUGAUACGAUUGUUCCGUCUCAUCCCUCAGUGCAGGAGGUGCAUUCUGAGUGCCAGGCUGACGACCAGUGAAAACAAGAGGAGAUACAGGGAGGAUGGAUAUGAUCUGGAUCUAACAUACAUCACGGAGAAGGUCAUCGCAAUGUCCUUCCCAUCCUCCGGAUGGCUUGCUCUCUACAGGAAUCCUUUAGAGGAGGUAGCUAAGUUCUUUAAAUCGAAACACCCUGGACACUUCAAGAUCUACAACCUUUGUUCGGAGCGAGACUAUGGGUACCAGCCGUUUGACUACAGCGUGCAGAGAUACAUGAUCGACGAUCACAAUGUACCCACUUUGCACCAGAUCCUGGAUUUCGUCCGGGACGCUCAGAGGUUCAUCAAGAAGAGUGAACAGAAUGUGAUUUCUGUGCACUGCAAAGGUGGCAAGGGGAGGACGGGAAGCAUGAUCUGUGCGUACCUCAUGUAUAGUGCCAAGUCUCAGUUCCCCACAGGCGAAAUAGCACGGGAGUUCUUCGCUACACGCCGCUCAGAUAUGAGGGUGAGCGGAAAGUUCCAGGGGGUGCAAACACCCUCACAGUGUCGGUUUAUCGACUACUGGCAGGAGAUUAUCCACAAGUAUGACUGUGCUAUCCCUGAGGCACCCUCGCUUUUCAUCAAGACGCUGAAAGUACACUCGCCUCCAGUACAGAUUCAAGAACCCAACUGUGAUCUACUGGUGGAAGUCUGGGACAGAUCCAACGUGAUAUCCUCCUUCAACCUUGCAUCUUGCAGUUCUGUCUGCAAGGUUAGUUUUCAAGAGGAUAUACUUAGCAUUGAUUUCUUAGAUCACGUCAAACCGUGUGUCACCGGGGACAUUAAAGUUCGGUUCAAAUCUCCAAAGCUGCCUAUAAAGUACGACAAGGCAUCGUUUUACCUGUGGUUCAACACGAUAUUCGUAAGGGGAGGUGAACUGUUUGUCGAGAGGGAAAUGUUGGACAAUCCCCAUUUUACAAAGUAUAAUAAAAUUUACAAUGAGAACUUUGGUGUGACUGUGUCGUUCGAUCAGAAGCAACAGCAGAGACUAAUCUGAGAUUUUAUAGAUUGUUUAAGUUUUAUCGUUCGAUAAAUGUCGAUAAAACGUUUCAAUUAAAGUACAUUUAAUACACUAUUGUUUGGGGACACGAAUCAGAUUUUUUGUGUUAUCUUACUGCAGUACCUAAAUAACUGUUAAAGUAGAUUUCUGUUUAUUAUGUCGAUUGCGUACAGUCAGACUUUGAUUUAAAGCUGAUCUGAUUAAUUAUGUUGUCAUGUUAAGAUUAUGCGUUCUGUUGAUAAA